AUGCUUGUUGGUUCUGUUUUCGUUGCAGAAAUGGUUCUUGUUGCUGCACUCUCUUUGUGCGUGUUAGCAUGGAAGAAUUCAAAAUCUUCCAUUUUGGUUGUGCAUGCUGUUCAGCGUUGUUGCAAGAGUGUGUCUGCUCUCAUCCUUAUUAUAGGAAUGUUGGGGGAAGGCUAUGCUUUUGGAGGAGCUGCUGCAGAUUCAACUGGACAGUGA